AGCCUGUGGUACGUUUACUACACAGAUAAUAGAGCCGUUGUUAUCAUAUCAAACUACACAAGUUAUCACUUAUCUACAUUUUGAAAAUUGUCCCAUUCAAUUUUCCCGUCUCGGCUAGUCGGCUUAAUAUUCUAAUUCCAACAUCUAACGACAUCUAUACUCCGUGAUCUUAUAUUUUAUAACGCUUGUCGUUUUUCAAUUGAAACAUAAAUAUUACAGUUCAAUAUUCAUUAAAAAAGUCGAAGAAAAAAAAUUGUUACCUAUCAAUGCAUUUUAUUCAUAUAAAAACAUAAGGUACACAUUUUCAUACCAAUAAGAAUUUCGUAAAAAUUGAGAUUUAGGAGGUACUUUGUUUUAUGUACAAUAUUUAAACUGGUGAGUACAGACUAUAGACCCAUUGAUGGAUACUCAAGAAAACAUUUUGGAAAUCAAUCAACCUAUCCAUUUUAAGGAUUUACAACUCAUUUGUUCGUGCUCUGAUGAUUUCCUCGUGAAUGACAAAGAAUUUCAACAAUGUUUAAAAGGAUGCAAAUGGUCUGCUGAUGGUCUGAGUAUUUUAACAAAUAGUGAAGACAGAAGACUUCGAAUUUUCAAUAUUGAAACAGACGAAACAGAUCAAUGUAAAAAACAACUUCGUAAAGUCAAUGUGAUAAAAGAAGGUGGUACUAUAUACGAUUAUGUAUGGUACCCGAAUACUGUGCAAAAUAGUGAUAGCGUUAAGUUAAUUUUGAGUACUAGCAGUCGAUCACCUAUUCACCUUUGGAAUGCUGUUGAUGGACAAUUAGAAGCAACAUAUAGAGUAUAUGAUCAUGUUGAUGAAGUUGCACAUGUUAACUCAUUAUGCUUUAACUGGUCUGGAGAAGAAAUUUACUGUGGUAGUUAUGGUAAAUUAAAUAUCUUUCGUACUGACCGUCCGGGACGUGAAUUUAUUGAAAUAUCUACUAAAGCAGAUUUGCAUAGAUCAAUCAUAUCGACCAUAGCUAUGAAUCCAGUAGACAGGAGUAUUUUUGCUGUGGGUACAUAUAGUAAAGAUAUUGGGAUAUACGGUGGUAAUCAACUUAUGUACAUCUUAAGGGGACAUAAGUCAGGAAUUACCCAAUUACAAUUUUCACCUGAUGGGUUGAAAUUAUAUUCGGGGAGCAGAAAAGGUGAUAAUGAUAUUGUGUGUUGGGAUUUAAGGAAUGUUGGUCAAACUCUAUAUUCUGCUGAAAGAACAGUGACUACUAAUCAAAGAAUUUGUUUUGACAUUUCAUCGGAUGGACAAUAUUUAGUUUCAGGUAAUUGUACGGGUGAAAUUAGUACUUGGAAAUUAGACCAGAAUAUUGAAAAGUUUGAUGGCGUAGAAAGUGUUCUUUCUUUAAAUUCUAAAAUUUCUGUUCAUAAUGAUUGUGUCAAUGGUGUCAGUCUGCAUCCAACCCUUCCUUUAUUAGCAACAACAUCUGGACAAAGGCACAAUGAAGAAAAUGAUGAAGAUGAACAAAUAUUAAAAAACACUGAUGUUAGUUUAAAACUUUGGGAGAUAAUUUAAACUACAAAUUAAAAAUUAAUAACUUUUA